AUGAUUUGUGAUGUUAUGCCAACAAUUACGGAAGAUGUUGGAUCUCAGGGUGAUCGAGAUUCACUCACCAGUGGAGAUGGUACAAAUGUUGAAGACAUGUUGCUUAGUAUGUUAGAUGAACGGGAUAGAUUAAUGGAAGGAUUACGAGAAUCACAAGAACAAGUUAAUGCAACAAGAACUAGAUUAAAUGAAGUUGAAAGGGAAAGAGAUAAACUUCAUGCUCAGCUUUCAGUCAAAAUGCCUCAAGAUGUCGUUGAGAUGUCGAAGAAGUUAACAGAAGUUGAAGAGCAGCUGGCUGAAAGAUCUGAUGAGAUCGCUGAUUUAAAGGCUGAACGUAAUAAUAUGAAAAUUCUUUUAGAACAUUUGGAAAACCUCGUGGCACGACAUGAGAGAUCGCUUAGAAUGACUGUGGUUAAACGUCAUACAUCUACAACAAUGAGUACCAGUACAAAUUCCUUAAUUCCAAGUGGAACCACAUCUGAUGGUGAAUCAGUAUGCCCAGAAAUGGAUAUUUUGAAUCCCUCCUCCAAUUAUUCAAUGAAUGCCACAACUGGAUCACUCAGUCCUUCAAUGACAGGAUUAGGUUCUGAAGCUGAGGUUUUAAAGGCCUUAAAGUCUUUAUUUGAACAUCACAAGGUAUUGGAUGAAAAAGUUCAUAACAGACUGAGAGUAUCACAAAACAAAGUUACUGAAUUAGAAAAUGAAUUAUUGGAGUUAAAACGAUCUGCGCUGCCUGCAUCAAGCAUAAAUACACAAAAUAAGAGUAUUAACCAAACAAUGAUAUCAAUUCACACACAAGUUGAAAGUGAUUUACUGAAGUCUGACGACUCAGAACCGAAGCUUAAUCAGGAUCAGCAGAAAAUACUGCCGCUUAGGGAAACUGCAACACCACCACAAGGAACACUAGUACCGAGUACAAGUUCAGAUGUGUUAACCUCCUUUCCUGUUUCAAGCGUAUCGCUGUCAAAUUUAUUUUCUGCUUCAGCAUCAGUAGCUGCUAUUGAAGCAGCUAAUAGAAUAAAAGAACUGCAGCAGAAUCUUGAACAACGUGCGUCUGAAUUGCUUGCAGCUAGAAGGCAAGUUAUAGAACUGACGAGUCGAUCAAGGGAAAGUUCUAAUUCGCUUAGUUUAGUAAGAAACGAAUUGAAUCGAGCCAAUGAUCAAAUUGAUAGACUAACACGUGAAUUACGUGAAUCUGAACAACGAAGAUCUGACCAAGAAACAUUAGCAACAAGUUUAGAACAGAAAUACUUAGUUGCUCAACGCGAAUUGAAUACAGCUCAAGAUAUGGCUGAUAAGCUGAGAGCCGAACUCGCCUUCAAAUCAACGCAACUUAAACAGCAAGAAGAAAAAGUUCGAUCACUCCAAACUAAACUUGAUUCUGUGGAAGAUGAUCUUUUGAGAAGUCGAUCUAUUUCAAAUAACCUUCUGAUGAAUUCAUCUUCGAAAAAUAAAUACAUUCAAGAAGACGAUGAUGGAAUUGAAGAGAAUGAAGAACAGUUAUAUUCUGAUGAAAGUGGUCCAGAAUUAAUGAAUAAGCAAACAUCCGAAGGUGAAACAGAACAAGAAAAUGAUUCAGCCAGUACUCAAGAGAAUAGAAUUAUAAAGAGAAUAAGAUAUAACGAGAUAUCUUUGAAAAGCUAUAGUCACUUAAGAAAUAUUUCACAACAAGACUGGAAUUCUUAUGAAGAUAGAGUGAAAGAAUUAACAGACGAAAUUGACGAAGUCAGGCAAGAGUUGGCUCGUGCUAAAGAACGAGAAAUUGUAAAUGAGGAGCAUAUAACACGUUUAUCUGGAACGGUUGAUAAACUGCUACAAGAAUCCAAUGAACGUCUACAAAGUCAUUUGCAAGAACGUAUGUCGGCCCUAGAGCAAAAACAAGAAUUAAACAACCAAAUCGAGCAAACAAAAAGAGCCUUAGAGUCUUCUAUUAGAGAACGUCAAGCUAAUAUAACUGAAUCGGUUUUGUUAAGGCAACAGUUAUCAGAGCUAGCAGCAGCUUUCCGUCAUUCACAAGCUCAACUUGCUGCUGCUCAUACAUCAACAUCAGCAGCUCAGGCUGCAAUGAUGGCACUGGCCAGAGCAUCAACAGAAAAAGCCAAUAUAGAACGACUUCAACAACAGCAACAACAACAACAGAAUGCUGAAAUAUCUAUCCAAAACUCGAUGACAGCAUGUCCUACAAGUAUAAGAGAUCAACAGCUUGGCAUUGAACAAAACACUCCUAUAGAUUUAAUUUCAAGGUUAAUAACAAAUGCGUGGAUCACAUCACAGGCAAAUAAUUCAGAUCAGGCACAACUUGAUGUAAAUAGUCCAUCAUUUGUUAAUACAACCAUGAAUACUACAAACAAUACUAAUUUAGAAGAAUUUUAUUCACCUAAUGAACUACAAGAUUUACUUAUUCGACAAAAUUUAAACUUGAAUACAACAUCACAAUACCCCACAGAUACAGAGAAUCAAAUGUCAUUGAAUGAAAUUGUAAAUUUAAUGAAUAUGAAACAACCUUUGCCGAAUUCCACAUCUCGUAGUAAUAUUCAGGAGGGUGAAAAUGAUCCAGCAAGCGAUCCUCAAUCCCUAGCAUACAUGUUGAAAAGUCAACUGGAUGCUAUCAAUAAUGAAAUAAAGUUGAUUCAACAUGAAAAGGCUACCACAGAGAUGUUAGCUGAAGAAUUACAAGGACGAUAUGGCACACUUGAUGUAAACGUGGACAGUACAGGUCACUACGGAAAACCUAGAAACCAACAUCCUGACGGGCAACUAAUCAGCGAGGAUAAUAUUCAAGAGGAUGGGACUCGGAACGGCAGUGGCCAGAGAUUUCUUGAAGGCGCGGGUGUUGUGAACAAACAGCAUGCAUCAGUAAUGCAUUCAGCCAUAAGUGAUCAAAAUACCAACAUAGGAAGAGUGCAGUAA